CUUGUGCGUUUAGGAUUUGUACGGAACAAUCUCUUCUUUUACUGUUCUAGUUAUGUCUGACUGUGAAUCGGAAGACUAUUCAUGCUCAGAGGAUGAGGACUACGUACCAUCAGGAGGAGAAUACAGUGAAGAUGACAUCAAUGACCUGGUAAAAGAGAGUGGUGAUGAUGAAGAUGAGGAAGGAUCAAAAAAGCCUAGUGAUGUUAAAUCCAAGAAAAAAAGUUCAAAAAACUACCCAGCAAGAAAGCAAAAGAAAGGAGUCCUUAUCCUUAGUUCAAAGGAGGAUGGGGGUGAGAAUGAGGUCCAGGACAUGGCCCCUGGUGAAGCUGAAGACAACAAUAUUUUUUCUGAACUGAAACAAAAAAAGAUGGCAGAGGCAAAAAAGAAAAGGGAAGAUGACCUUUGGUCAAGUUUUCUUUCUGAUGUUGGUCAGAAACCCAAGCAACCACCUCUGCCUUCAAGUUCUGUGAAUAACCAGACUCCUGUAGAAAAACCCAAGGUGCCAUUACCAGAUAAAGAGACAGAGAAGCAAAAGGAGACUUCAAAAAUGACCAUAACUACAGUAUAUGAUUUUGCAGGUGAAGAAGUAAGAGUGACAAAAGAAGUUGAUUCCUCAUCUAAGGAAGCCAAGGCUUUCCAGAAACAGCAGGAGAAAAGCCAACAGGAGCCAAGUCCAAUUUCUUCGAAGUCCUCCGUGCUAGAAGACUCUGGCCUAAAAAGGCCAGGUGGGAUGAGCAGCAUUCUGGGAAAACUUGGAAGCAAGAAGCAGAAGAUCAGCACUUUGGAGAAAUCAAAGCUGGACUGGGAGUCAUUCAAAGAGAAAGAGGGUAUUUCGGAGGAACUGGCUAUCCAUAACAGAGGAAAAGAUGGGUAUAUUGAAAGAAAAGCUUUUCUGGAAAGAGUAGACUAUAGACAGUUUGAACAGGAAAGAGAAAUAAGAUUGAAAAACAUGAAGCCGUAGAUUCCUUGUUUUCUCAGCAAAACCACUGUCUCAUCCUUCUUCUUGAUACCUGAGAUGAUCCCAUAUAAAAGACAUCAAUCUUCACCGGUAUCUCUUCUGACUGGGAGAACUGCUUUUCUCUGAGGAACCUGUGCGACUUUCUGGAUUUACAUAUACCUCUGUCAUCAUGUGACUGUCUAGAAUAUACAGUGUUUUGUACAUGAACACAUUUAAUUUAAAUUUAAAAUACCACUUUAAAAAUCUUUAAAUGUUUAACUCUUCUCAGCUCUAGUUCAAUGUUCAUUUUAUUUUGUCUACAUUGACUUCAUGCAUCUUGAUAGAUUGAGGUGCAACCUUUUCAGGGAAAGGUGCACUUCUGCUGGUUGCCAUGGCACCAGCUAUUAACUUGCAACUUCUGUUGCUGCUUGUACAUGCAGAUUUCAGUCUGUUUUGAAGCCAAAAUCCACCUGUAUGAGCAGAAUAGGUGGUUGCCAUUUAAGCUGGUGGCUGGUGGUUUUAGCAGUAAAAAUGUUUGAUGUGCUGUUAGCUUAACGUUCUGCAGUUGAGCAGUUAAAUUGUUGUACCAAAAGCAGGGUUGCAAUGCAACUGACCAUUACAUGUAUAUAAGCAAUCCCUCUACUUCAGUGGAUAAAAGAGAACAGUUACUCUUCACAAUCUUACCUUUUAGCAAGCUGCCUCUCUUCAUGCUGGGUUUGUGUUGGAGUCAGUUGACUAUAAUGCAUAAUCUGAGUAAAGGCAGAACUCAAAGGCAGAGUUCUAGUCAUUGACACCACUACGAGAUAUUUGCUGUGUGCUGACCAAUAAAGCAUACUGUGUUCGCAGAAAGCACUCACGACGAUGAGCCUGUCGGAACGCAUAGAAAUGGGUACGGAAUAAAGGACUACGCGCUGGGUGCAUCCUGGCAACGGUCCAAAUUUGUCAUAAGUUUAUUUAAGACAUUGUUUUAAAAGAAUCACAUACAUACAUACAUACAGGAUGGCACACAGCUACAUAUCAUACCUCGGAUGCUCAGUAAGGAGUUUCAAUAGUAUAAAAAUUAGUUGCUGGUCUUUUUUUUAUAAUAUGGGGGUCACUGACCCCAGCAGGAAAAAAAAACUAUUGCUCUGUGAGGCUACAGUUUUAUUGUUAUUGUUACUUUUUGUAACUUUCUUUUCUAUUCAGGCCUUCUCCUAUUUGUAUACCAGUCUCUCAUCCAAAUGACUGGUUGUUAAGGUAACUUGGACCCUAGCAACUAAAUUGCUGCUGAAACUCCAAACUGGCAAGCUCCUGAACUGAAAAUGAAAUAACUUAAAAAUGAAGACCAAUUGCAAAUUGUCUCAAAAUAUUAUUCUCUACAUCAUACUAAGUUAAUUCAAAGGUGAACAACCCCUUUAAGUCGGUUUUGAUUUGAUUUUUUAUUCCGGAUAAGGCUUUCUGUAAUUUGGUUUGCCAUACCUUAAGUCUAUUAAAAAAACAAAUAAAGAUUAAUUAAACCCAA